AUGGCAAAUGCGAAGAAGCAACCACAUGUCUUCGCCAACAUUCCUAGGGUUUCGUUUGGAUUCAUGCCGCUUUUCUCCCAUUCCCCACCCUGCUGCACCGCCGCGGCGCCGGCGGUUAAUUCGUGGGACCAGAAGUCGAGAUUUAUCCCUUCGUCAUGGAGGAACUGCAAGGUCACGUCUCCAAUUCUUCGUUUCUCCCAGAAUGACAAAUUCAACGUGUCUCGGUUAGCUCUUAGCCACUCUAGGCGGGGAGUUAAGGACCGGGCCAUAUCAAUGGCAUUAGUGGGCAACACUGUUGGACAAAAGGGGGAGGUGGUCACCUCCUCUAGCAUCUUGGCGUAUGAUUUGAUUCAGGGGGCACUUGUGAGAUGGAGUUCUGUUAUGGACAGAUCUUUACCUGAUCCACCAACAGCUGUUUUUCUGCAUGGGAUCCUAGGUUGCAGAAAAAACUGGGGAACUUUUGCUAGGAGAUUGGCUCAAGAGUUUCCUACAUGGCAGUUUCUUUUAGUAGACCUGCGAUGUCACGGUGAUUCAGCAUCAAUCAAGAAGAGAGGUCCCCAUACUGUUGCGUCUGCUGCUAUUGAUGUUUUGAAACUGGUUCGAGAUCUCAGAAUAACACCUCGUGUGCUAGUUGGUCAUAGUUUUGGGGGGAAAGUUGUGUUGAGCAUGGUGGACCAAGCUGCAAAGCCUCUUGCUCGGCCAGUGAGAGCCUGGGUUCUGGAUGCAACCCCUGGAAAAGUUCGAGCAGGUGGAGAUGGAGAAGAUCAUCCAGCAGAACUCAUAUCCUUUCUAAGUACACUGCCAAAGGAGGUCUCUACAAAGCGGGACGUUGUCCGAGCUCUUAUUCAACAAGGAUUUUCCAAUGAUGUGGCACAGUGGGUUGUGACUAACCUGCGACCUUCCAGCUCUCCUGGUUCACAAUCGUCAAGCUUCUCAUGGGUGUUUGACCUAAGGGGAAUUGCAGAAAUGUAUCAAUCCUACGAAGAAACAAAUUUGUGGAAAAUUGUUGAAGAUGUACCUCGUGGGGUGCAUAUGAACUUUCUGAAAGCAGAAAGAAGCUUGCAUAGAUGGGCUCUUGAAGAUCUUCGGAGGAUCCAUGCAGCUGAAGAGCUUGCUGCUGAGGAAGGAGGUGGAGUUGAAAUGCACGUCCUUGAAGAUGCUGGCCAUUGGGUUCAUGCUGAUAACCCGGACGGACUCUUCAGGAUACUGUCAUCAUCUUUCGAGGGGGGCAAGACCUGA